CGAAGAAUUAGAAAACCGGCAUUAGACCGUCAAACCAGUCAAAAACCGGUCGGUUGAACCGAACCAGAAUCUAGCCGGUUUUUUUAAUUUCAUCAAAACGCCACCGUUUUGAUAGCUGAUGCCCCAAGCCCCUAACCAUUACCCAACCAACCGUAACUCCAUCACUCCACAGUCCACACCACGGCGCAGCACACAGUCCCUCCCAUCACCCUCGAGCUCGUGCUUCCUCUCACCGCCAGCGACCUCAGUCCCUCACUUCCGUCCAGCCGCCGGACUGCUCCCGCCGCCGUCGCAAGUUGUAGUCGAAGCCACCUUCGCCAUCGUGCAGCUACCGUUUCAGCUUUGGAAGCACCGUCGCCGGGCUCGCCUCCUGCCUCCGUCGCGCAGCUCUGUUCCACCGGUUAGCGCUGUUCCCCCCUCUUGCUCAGGAUCUGCUCUGCUCUGUUCUUGUCGAAGACUGUUUCCAUAAGUGACCAGGCCACUGCUCUUGUCGAAGCCGGAGUGCCGGUUAUUCGCUUGGCCGCCGGAGAACCUGAUUUCGAUACACCUGCCGUCAUAGAUGAGGCUGGGAUUAAUCGUAUUCGCGAAGGAUACACACGGUACACCCCUAAUGCCGGAAAAUUUGAAUUGCGCAGAGCGAUUUGUCAUAAGUUGACGGAGGAGAAUGGAAUUACAUAUACUCCUGAUUGGAUUGUGGUAAGCAAUGGAGCAAAGCAGAGUAUUGCUCAGGCAGUGCUUGUAGUUUGUUCACCCGGCGAUGAGUUGAACUACGGUUAGAUCGGUUGGAUCAGUAAACCAGUGAACUAGUGACUAGAACGGUUUGAUGAUCGGUCCGGUUCUCAGAACCUUGCUCCUUCCUCUUCCUCAGUGUCUCAGUCUCGUCAGUCGCACUCUCGCACUCAAGCUCUCUUGUCUCCGGUCUCUCUCACUGCCUCCGGUCUCGCACUCAAGCUCAUCGUAGCUCUCUGUCUCCUCACUGUCUCUCAGUCAGCGCGCGCAACUCGUCAUCGCUGGCGGCAGAAGCAGCACGUCCCGGGGCUGGACGUUGUUCUCGUAUUUUUGCUUUGAGCCUUGCAUCAGCUUCCUCCUCGCCGUCAGCAGCUGGUCCCCGAUUUGCCUCACAUGGUGGUUAGAGCACUGAACUUCAUCUUCCAUUCAUGCCCUCCUCCUCUCCGCCUUUCCUCCUCCUUCUGUUGCUCCCCCGCCUUCCUCCCUCCGCAUCCUCUUUCCUCCGAUUAUGGCGGCCGCAGGAUGCCGUUUUGCGUGGCACAAAAGGCUUCUGGGGACGUGUUUGGGAACAUAAUCGAUGUGCCUCUUCAUUUUCCGUCCAUCCAAACACGCCCCAUUUUGUUCAUAAUAUGCUUGACCUUAACUCCGAACUGAAGCAACUUGUGAAAUGUUCUCAACUGCAUAAAGCAAGGCACAUGUUUGAUAAAAUGCCUCACAGAGAUGAGGUUUCAUGGACCACAAUAAUAGCUGGUUAUGUCAAUUCUUCAGACCCUUUUGAAGCGUUGAUCUUGUUCUUAAAUUUGUGGAUCCAGCCUGGUCUUCAAAAAGACCAGUUUAUGAUUAGUGUUGCACUCAAGGCUUGUGCUCUUGGCAUGAACAUAUAUUUCGGGGAAUCAUUGCAUGGAUUUUCUGUGAAGUCAAGUUUGGUAGACUCGGUAUUUGUCAGCAGUUCACUAGUGGACAUGUAUAUGAAAGUAGGCAAAGUAGAGCAUGGUUGCAAAGUCUUUGAAGAAAUGGAAACCCGAAACGUGGUAUCGUGGACGUCCAUUAUUGCAGGGCUUGUUCAUGGUGGUUAUAGUAUAGAGGGAUUAUUGUACUUCUCUGAAAUGUGGAGAUCAAAAGUGGGUUGUGAUUCAUAUGCAUUCGCCAUCGCUUUGAAAGCAUCUGCUGAUUCGAAUUCUUUAGAUUGUGGGAAAGCUAUUCACACACAAACAAUAAAACAAGGGUUUGAUGAGAGCUUGUUUGUGAUUAACACCCUUGCUUCCAUGUAUAAUAAAUGUGGAAAACCAAGUUAUGUCAUGAGAUUGUUCCAAAAAAUGAGGAUGCCAGAUGUAGUUUCAUGGACAACCCUUAUUACAACAUAUGUGCAGAUGGGAGAAGAAGAGAAUGCAGUGGAUGCAUUUAGAAGGAUGAGAAAAUCAGGGGUUAGUGCCAAUCAAUACACUUUUGCAGCAGUAAUUUCUGCAUGUGCAAAUCUUGUUGUUAAAGAAUGGGGCCAGCAGAUACAUGGCCAUGUAUUGCAUCUAGGUCUGGUGGAUGCCUUGUCAGUGUCGAAUUCCCUCAUUACACUUUAUUCAAAAUGUGGGAUGUUAACUUCGGCUUCAAUGGUGUUUUGUAGUAUGGCUAUAAAAGAUAUUAUUUCUUGGAGCACUAUAAUUGCAGUUUAUUCUCAAGCAGGUUAUGCAAAAGAAGCUUUUGACUAUCUAUCAUGGAUGAGAAGGGAAGGGCCAAAACCGAAUGAAUUUGCUCUUGCUAGCUUGCUUAGUGUGAGUGGAAGCAUGGCGCUUCUUGAGCCUGGGAAGCAGGUGCAUGCUCAUGUCCUAUGCAUUGGCCUGGAUCAUGAAGCAAUGGUUCAUAGUGCACUAAUCAGUAUGUAUUCAAAAUGUGGGAGUCUAAAAGAAGCUUCUAAAGUAUUUGAUGGGACUAAAACUAAUGACAUUAUAUCAUGGACAGCCAUGAUCAAUGGGUAUGCUGAACAUGGAUGCAGCCAAAAGGCAAUUCAUUUAUUCGAGAAGAUUCCCAGUAUUGGUUUAAAACCGGACUAUGUGACUUUCAUUGGGGUUUUGACAGCUUGUAGCCAUGCUGGAUUGGUUGAUCAAGGUUUCCACUACUUUAUGUCAAUGAUUGACGAGUAUCGGAUCAGUCCUUCAAAAGAGCACUAUGGUUGCAUGAUUGAUCUUCUAUGCAGAGCAGGAAGAUUGAGUGAAGCUGAGCUUAUGAUAGGAAGCAUGCCUUUCUGUAGUGAUGAUGUUGUGUGGUCUACCUUACUUAGAGCCUGUAGGGUUCAUGGGGACAUUGACAGAGGAAGACGAGCAGCAGAAAAAAUACUUUCUUUGGAUCCGAAUUCUGCAGGAACUCACAUCACCCUGGCUAACAUAUAUGCUGCCAAGGGGAGAUGGGAGGAAGUUGCGCACAUAAGGAAGCUAAUGAAGUCAAAGGGGGUAAUAAAAGAGCCAGGUUGGUCUUGGAUAAAUGUCAAUGAUCACUUACAUUCAUUUGUUUCUACGGAUCAGUCUCAUCCACAGAGCGAAGAUAUCAUAGCCAUUCUAAAACUACUAAGUUCAAGAAGAGGAGACUCUUUGCUGGAAACAUGUUCAAGUGAAGAUGUUGAAGAUUAGCAACAGGCUAAAUUUUCUAUCAUUGUGCUUGUGCUACAAUCACAAUUUUUCCAUUAGCAUUCAUUACAUUACAUAGAUUUCAAAUGAUUGUUGGGAAUUGGUUGCCCAACUGCAAUCACAUGAACGCUCAAAAUCCAGCUUAUACCAGGUUUCUAUGGAAUUUGAAACUGAGACAUCAUUUAAAUUACUUCAAAGAUAUUUUGAGGGAUGAAAGAAAUUAAUCAAGAGGAAUACGAUCAAUACUAGAAUCAAGCUUUACUAGUUAACUUAGCCUCAAAACCCUUCUUUCUUCGGCACAGGUAUGCAUUCCCUCAUGCAUUAUUGAUAAAAUUGGCUUUCUAUUGUUGGCAUGGAAUAAGUUUAUGCAUAUAAUGUCAGAAACUAAUUUUUCUAUUGGUGCAAUGAGUCUAGAAAUUAACUAACGUGAUUCGAGAUAUGCAGGGGACUGAAGAGAAUAGCAAAGUUGGCUUUUUACACAAAACCACAUUCACAAUUUUGAACUAAUAUUCCAAUUAAGGUGAAUUCUAUGGUGUCUAUUACUUGGUACCUAAAUUAACUAACUUGUUCUUUUAUAGUAAAUUUUAAAUAUUUAAAAAUUAUUUACUUUUAUACUUUUUAAAAAUUAAGCAUCACCUUUUAGGCAUCAUAACAAUCACCUCCAAUUUAAUAAGAAUUCUUUACGGGAGAUAGUGGGUUGCCUCCUUGUAUAUAUGAAGUUUGUGUGUUGUGGGUAAAAAUCAUAGUUCAUCUAGGUUUAUUUUGACGUGUACUAUUUUUAUUUAUUUAUUUAUUUUUUUGCGAAAGCAGCUUUGGAGCAAUGGCGGGUAUCGGCGGGGAUUUACCCGUCUGGGGACGGAUAUCGGGGGAUUUUUCUAUCCGCGGGGAUGGGGAACGAGUACCCGUUAAAUAAAUUCCUGCCCCUUGGGUACCCGUAUAUUACCCGUUUCUGUAAAAUGACUAAAUUAUCACUUAUAUAUGGAGAAACCCAUUUUUUGAUCAUCCUCUCUGCGCCGCAUCCCUCCCUCCCCGCACAUUCUACCAACUCUCACCGCCCUCUCACUCACUGUCGCCACCUCAUCGUCGCCGUGUCCUACACUGCGCUCGUUCAACAGCGUCGCCACCUCCUACUCCAUGCUCGUUCAUCGUUGUCGCGGCUUCCUAAUUGGUCUUCCUCAUCAUUGCUGCCUCCAGCCGAAUCGUCACCAGCAGCCUUUUCACCGCUCAUCAUAGCUGCUCCCGCAGCCUCGUUGUCUACGCUGCAUCAUUCUUUCCUUCUGUCUCACCACCUCUUGUAUGUCGCCACCUUCUGUACUAAGUCCCUUUCUCUAAUUAGUUUCU